ACUUGGAGCAAGAAACUACCCAUUAGAUUAGUGGCAAUACAGUCAUUUGGCUGUCCAUCAUCAAUCUUUCUAUCCACUUCAUUGAAAUGCUCGUCCUACUUUAGACGCUCAUACACACGCUCUCUCUCUCUCUCCCCGUCUCUCUUUCUCUCUCUGUGAACACUCCAAAAGCUACCUCCUUUGUAUGAAGCAGAGUGUCACUGAGCUUCUCAAUCGAAAACCCACUUUGGAUCUUUAUAACUUUUAGUUUCAGAUUUUGGCACUUCUUUAUUAAACUGUCGAGGUUUUCUUUUUCUUUUUUUUUUUUUUAAUCAAAUUCAGUGCUUUCUUCAUUUGCUUUUCAAGCUUUGCAUUUCGGUUCUCUUCAGUCUAAAUUCUUGUAAGCAAGGAAAUAUUCGUCCUUUGCUGAACAAUGGAGUCUGAAAGCGGGCUAACUGAAGAGAGAAUCGUCAGUGACAAAACAGAUGUAGGAGAAUCUGCUACAGAAGCAAAGAAAGAGGAACAGAAUGCUGAUGUUAAUGGUCAAGGGGCUUCAGAUUUGAAGGAAGCUUCCAAGCAGGGAACAAAAUCUGAAGGCAAGGCAAGUAAAGCCGCUGCAAAUGUCUCCAAAAGUAAAAUCUCAAAACCCUUAAAGGAACCUGGUAACCUGACUGGUGGUAAUGCAAAGAACAGUAAGGUGACAAAGGACAAAUCUAAUCUGAGAAGUGCUGUUCCAAUUUCUCGUAAUCAGAGGCCUGUGCUGUCCCAGAGUCUUUCAUUUCCUGCAAGAAGAGUCCAUGGGGAUGGUCUCGUGAAGAGCAUUGAUGGAUAUCCGGAGAAAACUGAUCUCAAACAUGCCCAAGAAAAAGGCACAAAAGUUCAGGGCCCUUCUUCCAAUGAAUCAGUUCCUUCGUCGUCCCGUUUGAAUCAUCCCAACAGGCGUGGAUCCAUCAAUCUGGACUCAAAGCCGGCAAAUGCAAAUGGUGGAGUUACUGCCAGGAGGACUACUUUAGCAUCUUUGCCUAGCAAUAAGCAAGCUGUGCCUGCAAAAUCCGGUCCUGGGAAUGUUGCUGCUAAGUCCUCUUCAUCCUCCGAAUCAGCUGAUUCAAAGCCUACAGCUGCACUGCUGAGCAAAGAGGAUGAUGAUGCCCAUUCCACUACUUCCUGUGCCACUUCUCGUAGCACUAGAAGAAGUAGUGGGCCAGUAUUCACCUUCAGGUUGGAGGAGCGUGCUGAAAAGAGAAAGGAGUUUUUUUCUAAGCUAGAAGAGAAGAUCCAUGCAAAGGAAGUUGAAAAGAAUAACUUGCAGGCGAAAUCAAAGGAGAACCAGGAGGCAGAAAUUAAGCAAUUAAGGAAGACCUUGACUUUUAAAGCUGCACCAAUGCCAGGUUUCUACAAGGAACCUCCUCCAAAAGUUGAACUCAAGAAGAUACCAACUACGCGUGCAAUAUCCCCAAAGCUUGGAAGGCACAAGAGCAGCGUUGCUGCAACAAACAACCCUUCAGAAGGUGAUGGUUCUAGUGUUAGCCCAUCUUUGAACCAAGAACAGAAUGGUUUAACCAAAAGAACUCAAACCAAUGGUAAUGAAGAUAAUGUUGCUUCCAAGAAGGCUUUAAAGAAAUCCCAAUCUAAGGAGAUCACUAAAGCUGAAGAAAAGCCUGGAAAGGCAAAACCAAAAGCAAGGAGGGUGGAGAACCCUGUGCAGGAUACUUGUGUUGCGAAACCUGAAGAAAACCAGAACCAUCCUGUCAACCUUCCCCAAUGUGAGGAUUCUGUAACUGUGGCAGACGAAAUAAAUCCUGCUCAAAAUGGUGGUCCAAUUCCAAGUUUGGCCAGCCCUGAGAUUAUGCCCCGUCAAGUCACAGUCGGAGGUUGAAGAACAUGAUUCUCAGGCCUUGUGUUAAUAGGUUCAUUUUUUUUUUUUUUUGUAUUUCAAGUUUCAUGCUGUUGUGAAUAGUAUUUGUAAGUUGAUCAUGACAUUCUUUUUGGAGGGUUACCAUACACAUUAUAAGUUACAUAUGAACCAACAGGUUAUUGCAAUCAUGUUUCCUUUAUUAAAUUCUAUUGAAAGUGUUUGGUGGGAUUCUCUUUCUUUCGAAUUAUUAGGCAAAAUGUGUCUGUCGAGGACAUAAACAUUGCUCUGUCUUUGCUGGUAAGCGCUGUAUGACUAUGACCUGACAUACAACUUGUAACUGCCUUGAAGUAUAUCAUCCUUGUUCACAUAGCUUAGAUGGCUGAUGAUAUUCUGGGUAAUUCAUGAUCUUCCUCAUGUUUCCCUUCCAGGACUAGUCAUGCACAAAUUGGAGUCUGAGAUAAAGAUAAAUUGUGUAACUUUCAUGGCAAUUCCUGCUCUUCCAAGGAAUUACCAGGACAAUAAAUGGUGAAACUCUUUCUUUCACUUGCAAAGCAAGCAAGCUGGCUGGCAUCAUUAGAACCUUUAACAAAGAUAGUAAGUAGCAGUCUAAUUGUUUGUGAUGUAUUCACCUUUCUGAGAAGAUGAGAAAUCAAGAGAAUGCUUGAUGGGGAAUCAAUUGUUGAUAGGAGUUGAUUUAUAUAUGCCUUCCAACUGCAACUUUGAUGUCAAUCUAUCCCCUAGCUGCUGUCUUUAUUCUCGGUUUUUAUGCUACU